AACUUUUUUUUUGUUAUAUGUUUGCUUAUAAAGAGAUUAUCCAAAUUACAGGUUGUUGUGAGUGAUUUUUGGGAUUUUUUUCUUCUUAUUUUCGAAGUAUUGUUUAAAUGAUUUCAAUCUUAAAAAUGGAAAGAAUAUCGUCGAUGGAAAGAACGAAACAGUAAUCAAUGGAUAGAAGCAAUUCUUCUCGAUGGAAAGAACAGAAACAGUAAUCAAUGGACAGAAGCAAUUCUUAGUGGUGAUAUGUGGGACUCACUUGAACGGAUUUGACUUUUUUUACCACGGUAGCAUGACAGGGCAAAAGUUGUUGUGCACGUCAUCACUUUUUUAAAUUUUGCCCUCCACAUCAUCAAAAAAAAUAUUAAAAAUGCCACGGAAGCAGAGUUAACGGUUCAAUUUAACAGAAGGACUAACGGAGUGCAUUUCGUAUAGUUGAGGGAUCAAAAAAGUGCAAAAAAUUCUCAAGGGACCAAAAAUGUGCAAACCACUAAAGAACCUGAGCCUUACCAGUUACCAUCUUUUGCUGACAUCGAUUUUGGAUCGUAAGGGAAUUUUAGGGGAAAUUCCUGAAGCUCGAAUCCAUCGCGUCAUUCAGGAAGCUAACCAAUGCCCCAACUGCCUAGCUGACAUGGGUCGCGAUCUCCCUGCACCCCUGGGUUAUUUUGAUGUUUGCCCACCUGGAUAUUUGAUGUAUUCCAAUGCUGACUUAAAUGGGAAUUGAAUUUUCCAUGUACUAAUGUGCUGUUUCCUAUUCUGAUAAAUAUCUCAUUUUUUU